UCAAUGUUGUUAAAUUACAUCUGAUGUCAUUAGGUUCUUUCUAAAUCUAUCUGCUACCGAACUCAGAAAUCAAAACUGAAUGGCACAAGGCCAUAAGACUCUAAGUUACGUUAUCAAUUCAAUGAUAAUAAAUAUUUCUUAAAUAAUAUAUAUUGUAAAGACAAUAGUCUAAUUAAAGUAAUAGUUAUAAAAUAUUUAAUUUACCAAAAUGGUUGUUGGUGCAUUUCCAAUUGCUAAAUUGUCAGUGUUAUUAGUUAAACAAAUCAGUAAGCCUAUCGCUAACAUUUGUAAAGAAAGAGCCAAAAAUAAUCCAUUUUUUAGAACCUACGUAUGUAUGCCGCCAGCACAAUUCUACAACUGGUGUGAAGUUAAAGCAAAAAUGUGGAUUUUAAAUUUAGGAAAACCUGUUAAUAUUCCUGUUUUAAGUCAGGAAAUGGCUAUAGAACUAGGAGCUAAUCUCCUUGGUGAAACAGUAAUAUUUGUUAUUGGUGCUGGAUUGCUUGUGAUAGAAUAUAAUAGACAAAGUAAAAAGGAAGCUGCAAAAGAAGCAAAAAGAGAAGAUGAAAUGAAACACAUUACUGGAACAAUAACAGAUUUAUAUUUCACGGUUCAACAUCAGCAGACACAAUUACGGGAAAUGGAGAGAAUGAUACAUUCACUAGGUGGGGACAAAUUAAUAACACCUCCAACUUCACCACCCAGUGGGCCAGCACUGCCAGAAUCACCAAAGGUCCCUCCUAAACCUCAGAACAUUGGUCAUAUAGUAGAGUACAACAUACAUAUAUCUCCUGCACCUUACCCUGAUGAUGGUGUUAUACUUAAAUCACUAAAUUACAUCCAAAUGGAUGUUUUUAGUUCUUUUUUUAGUAAUUCAAAUGGAAAGGAAAGCACUCAAAACGUUGAAAGAGCAACAACACAACCUAAACGAGAACCUGCUCUACUCUCAGAAACAUUACAUAACAUAGAAAAUAAUUUUAGAAGUUUAUUUUAAGUAUACCAAAAAGUUGUUUGUAUAUUUAAAUAUGUUUAAAAUGUAGUAAACUAUUUAUUUGUUAAAAUUUAAGGAGAGAUUUUUUUAAGAAUUUAUUCUUCAUGAAAUGGAUUGUUUUGACAUGUAAGUUAUAUGUGAUAUAAAAUUAAUGAAAAACCAUUGAUAGACCUGUAAAAAUGUCUUUAUGAUUUCUAUCAUAAAUAUUAAUUUAUAAGUACUUGCAUUACUUUGAUAUAAAUGUGCUUAGUAAAGUAUAUUGAAUCUUUCAAGCUUAGUAGUGUAAAGAUGAAUAAAACAAUAUGAAAAGCAUAUAUUUUUAUUGAUCAAGCCAUGCACUCAUAUAUUUACAGUCUUGUGGAGUAAUAAGGCCAGUGGAACAACAUUUAUAUACAAGUGGACACACUCCACAUGGGACUUGCACUAGUCCUGGAGGUGGUAUUAGGGACUCUAUAGCUCUGUAAACCUUGCUACCAUCUGGAUAAACAUUACUUUCAGCCUUUCCAUCAUAAACAAGUGUAUUUAAAAUAGUAAUAACAUCUUCCACUUCAAGCUUUACCUGAAAUAUA